AUGGGUCUGCUAAGUGUGGAUUUGCUGAUCACGCUUCAGAUCUUGCCGGUCUUUUUCUCCAAUUGCCUCUUCCUUGCGCUGUAUGACUCUGUGAUCCUCCUGAAGCACAUGGUGCUAUUUCUGAGCCGGUCUAAAUCUGGGCGCGGUGAGUGGCGGAGGAUGCUGACCUCGGAGGGGCUGCGCUGCGUCUGGAACAGCUUCCUCCUGGACGCCUAUAAGCAGGUCAAACUGGGAGGAGAAGCCCCAAACUCCAGUGUAAUUCACAUAGCCAAGGGCAGUGAUGGCAGCAGUAGCAACUGGAAGAGUGUUGGUGGCAAGUGUGGAACCAAAUGCCACCUUCUGGAUUUUGCCAAUCCCGAGCGGCCACUGGUGGUCAAUUUUGGUUCAGCUACCUGACCACCGUUCACAAGCCAGCUGUCAGCCUUCAGCAAGCUGGUGGAGGAGUUCUCUGGUGUGGCUGACUUUCUGUUGGUCUACAUUGAUGAGGCUCACCCGUCAGAUGGCUGGGCUGCCCCUGGAAUCUCUCCCUCUUCAUUUGAAGUUAAGAAACACAGGAACCAGGAAGACCGAUGUGCAGCUGCUCACCAGCUCCUAGAGCGCUUUUCCUUGCCACCCCAGUGCCAAGUGGUGGCUGACUGCAUGGACAACAAUGCCAAUGUGGCCUAUGGGGUUUCAUUUGAGCGAGUAUGCAUUGUGCAGAGACAAAAAAUUGCCUACCUGGGAGGCAAAGGCCCCUUUUUCUACAAUCUGCAGGAGGUUCGGCUUUGGCUGGAACAAAACUUCAGCAAAAGAUGAAAUCCAUUCUCUACAGAAGCUAUAUCAACAGAUGUGUCCCUUUAA